CAACAGAAGAAAGGUGUGAAGAGGAAAGCCGACACCACCACUCCCACCACGUCCGCCAUCUCCGCUGGUCGUGCCGACUCUCCGUCCGCUCAGGACACCAAACCGGCCAAACUAGGCUCGUCCCGCCGUGAGGCCGCCGCCCGCCCCGCCAAGACCCGCAGGGAGACGGGUGAGGAGGUGGCGGUGGGUGAGGUGGGAGCCGGUGGAGGGGGAGCCGGGGGAAGGAAGGCCGGUAAGCUGGGCGAGCAGAUGAAACACUGCGACGCCAUCCUGAAGGAGAUGCUGUCGAAGAAACACGCCGCCUACGCCUGGCCCUUCUACAAGCCGGUGGACGCCGAGGCGCUGGAGCUGCACGACUACCACGACAUCAUCAAACACCCCAUGGACCUCAGCACCGUCCGGAAAAAGAUGGAUAAAGGAGAGUACAGCGAUCCUCAGAGCUUUGCCACUGACGUCAGGUUAAUGUUCUCCAACUGUUACAAGUACAAUCCUCCAGACCACGAGGUGGUGGCCAUGGCCCGCAAGCUGCAGGACGUGUUCGAGAUGCGUUUCGCUAAGAUCCCAGAUGAGGGCCUGGAGGCGUCGGUCCCAUCUACAACACCAUUGGUCAGUAAAAGCACCGCCUCCUCUGACAGCAGCAACAACUCCUCCUCCGACGAAUCGUCCGACUCAGAGGAGGAGCGAGCCACGCGAUUGGCUGAGCUACAGGAGCAGUUGAAGGCGGUGCACGAGCAGCUGGCUGUCCUGUCCCAGGCUCCGGUUAGCAAGCCAAAGAAGAAGAAAGAGAAGAAAGACAAGGAGAAGAAGAAAGAGAAGGAGAAAGACAAAGGGAACAAGGGCAAGAUGGAGGAAGAGAAAAAGCCCAAGGCCGCCGCUCAGCAGCCUAAACCAGCCAAUCAGAAGAAAGCGCCGGCUAGAAAAGCCAACAGCACGGUGACGGCCACGAGGCAACCGAAGAAAGGCAGUAAGGCGUCCGGCGGCGGCUCAGCCAACGGAGAUGACGGCGAGGAAUCAUCCCUGCCGAUGUCGUACGACGAGAAGCGCCAGCUGAGUCUGGAUAUAAACCGGCUGCCGGGGGAGAAGCUGGGCCGCGUCGUCCACAUCAUCCAGUCCAGAGAACCGUCGCUGAGGGACUCCAACCCCGACGAGAUCGAGAUCGACUUCGAAACCCUCAAACCCUCCACACUCCGAGAACUGGAGCGCUACGUCAAAUCCUGCCUGCAGAAGAAACAGAGGAAGCUACUGCGACACGCGAGCCGCGCCGGUCCGGCGUUCGGGGGUCUGGAGCUGGGGACCCCCACUGUUGACCCUGGUUUGGUUGCAGGCCAGCAGACGGACAGAUUAAAAGAAGAGCAGCCAAACCUGCAAGAGAUCCUGUACAGCCGCUAUCGUGGUGAGAGCUUUAAAGGGGUAACUCUCAACAUCACGGCAGUCACAUUUCAGUCCGUUACCCCCUGA